AAUAUUCAUAAGACAUUCUAAAUUCCGUUGUCAGUAUCAUAUCAAGGAGAGAAAUACAAAGACUUGGGCGUUCGGAGUAUAGAAUCUACAGACGAGUCCGGUCGAGAAGAUCUGAACCCUUAUUAUAGGUUUCAGAAAUGGCUCAAUCAGCAAAACCGAUCUCGAGUCCAGUCCCUGAGUCGUUGUACCCAACUCUAGCCGUGUUCAUGCUCGCUAUUGGUCUUGUCGUAACGGCUUCUUUCCUCAUCUAUGAAGCUACUUCUUCAAGGAAGAAUCGCAGCCUUGCAAAGGAGCUCACGAGUGGGGCAGUAGCAUCUGUUUUCUUGGGUUUUGGAUCAUUGUUCUUGCUGCUUGCGUCAGGCGUGUAUGUUUGAUUUGCAGACAUGGAUAGAAACGAGCCUUUGUAUUCAGCUUCAAAAUGAAUGCCAUUUUGACUGUUUGUAGAACUAUAACAGAUUGUCACCUCCUUGAGUAGUCUGAGAGUUAAGGAACUGAAUGACAAUCAGGACUUCGUUUUCUUUUUUCUUUUUCUUUUCCUGUAAGGGAUCUACUGUGUUUUCUCUUUUAUGUCCAUUUUGAGUCUUCCAAAUGUUCACUGCUUAUAAAAUUAGGAUAAUGCAUUUCA